AUGCCAUUUCUGGCUGGACAACCGCUGCGUCCUAUACCGAGAACACACGAGGACGACACACCCUUUUCCACCAAAGAAUCCGCCGAGUUAAUGAGAUACUUCAUCGACAAUUGUGCUUGCUUCUUCGACUUCAGCGAUGCCGACAGACAUUUUGCGUACGAGGUCCCACUCAGAGCUCGCCAGAAUGCAACGUUGGCCAACGCGAUGCUGGCACUGGCUGCUCGGCAUCGAAGUCGAACGGGCGAGUUUGAACAUUUCGCGGCCGAUCGAUAUUACAACGCGUGUCUUCAAACCAUGAUCCCAAGGCUUGGGGACAAGUCGGCGAUCCAAGACGAUGAGCUUCUUGCAGCUAUAGUCAUUCUACGACUAUUGGAAGAGAUGGAUGUACCAAUCGUGGGAUCAGACCCUCAGAAACACCUCUUCGGGACCCAGGCACUUAUUAACGCGUCCCAGGCUCGCCCUCAACUAUCAGCAACGGCAUUGAGAAAGGCGUGCUAUUGGGCGGCUUUUCGCCAGGAAAUUUUCAUGUCCAUCACUACGCAAAGACCUUUCAAUCUGAUUCUGCCCGAGAUGCAGUCGCCUUCGAGCCCUGCAGAUGACUGGUCGUGGACAGUCCAGGCCACGUACCAAUGUGGCAAAGUACAAGCCUUUGUCUUUGGCGAGGAAUCUACCACGCUGUCUAGGUAUCUGCAAUUGAUGGAAGAUAUCGAGACAUGGCAAAGAGAUCGUCCAGCAUCUUUUGACCCUGUAUACCAAGGGGUGAACCGUCUGGAGCACGCUUUUCCAGAUAUUCGGAUCCAGAUGGAUUGUCACGUCAUGGGUUGGCAAUACAUAACCAUGGCACACCUGUUGCUCAGUGCACACCGUCCAUUGCCCCGUGUUGGUCCAUCCCAUAGGCGAACAAUGAUGGACAUGGAAGAGGUCGUCAAACGAGACGUCAGGACACUAUGCGGAAUAGCUCAGUCAAACCCACAAACCCCUCCGGCUAGCCUAGUGGCCUGUAUGGCCGUAGCAUUGUGCAAUCGGCGAUCGCUUCGAUUCCCAGCGGGAGCAGGUGCUUCUGAGAGAUCUCCUGGUCCAAACAGAGCUUCGCACAGGGUGGCCAACUUCUAUAGCACGGGAACAGCUCGAACGGACCUGGAAUGGGGCAUGAACGACCCCGCACCCACCCGCAUCUCGGGGAAGAGACUUUGGUCUCAAGUGGCUGAUGACCGCUGGAUCCAUCUCAUGAAGCCAGCCAAUUCUUGGGUCACGGGUGCUGUCGUGUCCUUGUACGACGUGGGCUGCUUCAUGGGGGCAAUGAGCAUCGGAUAUUUGGCGGACCAAUGUGGUCGAGAACGAACCUUGUCGAUUGCCAGCGUUGUGUUUGUCAUUGGAGCCGUCAUUCAGGCGGCGUCCUACGACGUCCCGACCAUUACUGUUGGACGGGUCAUUCUUGGAUAUGGAGUAGGGGCCUGUGCGGCGGGGGUGCCCUUAUAUGUAUCAGAGAUUGCUCCAGCAGGGUUGAGGGGUCGAAUCAUUGGUAUCGAACAGAUGAUCCUGUGCUUCGGUGAGCUUAUCGCCUUCUGGCUCGACUAUGGAUUUGCAUACCUGGACACGCCUGACUGGUGGCGCAUACCCUUGGCCAUCCAGAUCAUCCCUGCUGUUGUUCUGGCUGUCGGAUGCUGGGUGUGGGUUCCCCCAAGCCCACGUUGGCUUGUGCAGCAAGACCGACACACUUGCGCGCGAGAGGUGCUGGCGAGACUGCACGGAGAUGAAGCCGCGGAAAUUGAAAUGCAAGAAAUCGCCGAAAGAGUCGCAUUUGAGAAGAGGGUUGCAGUUACCAGGUGGAAAGAUAUGUUCACUUGGCCCAUUCUGCGUGUCACGCUCAUUGGAACCGGUGUGCAGUUCUUCCAGCAGAUAACGGGCACCAACUCUAUCCUAUACUAUACCCCAAGCUUGUACGAGCGCGGUGGGAUCAGCUCGGCCCAUACACGCAACUUGGCGACAGGGGGGGUUGGGAUUGUCUUAUUUGUUUUCGCAUGGAUCCCCAUUUUUGUCUUCGACAGGCUCGGACGGAAGACGUGGCUUCAAAUCGGUGUGAUCGGUAUGAUGGGUGCGAUGAUUGGGAUCACAGUCCUUCAGUGGCAUGCAGAGAAAUAUCCAGGUGCGAGCGGGAAUUAUGCCAUCGUCGUAUUCCCGUACUUGUUCUAUGUCUUUUUCAACAUCAGCUGGGGCGUGGGGAGUUGGACGUAUGCCAGCGAGAUCUGGCCAGUUGCGCUACGGGCCAAGGGCAAUGCGUUGAGCACCAUGAGCCUGUGGACGGGAUGCUAUAUUGUCGCUCAGGCCAGUCCUCCGAUUGGAGAUGCCAUCGGCUGGGGCUUGUAUAUCAUCUACUCCGGGAUCUGUGUACUGGCAUUCUUGUUUGUCCGGUAUGCCAUGGUUGAAACACGUGGGCGCACCUUGGAGGAAAUGAGCCAACUUUUUGGGCUUGAAGAUAAGUUCGCGGCUAGGAGGGGCAUCGACCUAGCGACAGCAUCCGAGUCGAAGACUGGGGAUAUUGUGCAUGAGCAGGUGGAGGAAGUGGGCAAGUGA